ACAGUAACCGAAAUAACGAAUUUAUUCCAUUUGGCUUUUACACACUGUAUAGCUGGUCCUUUGAGCCGGAUUGAAUGUUCAUCUCUUGUUUCUCUGACUCACCCGGUAACACCGUACAAUAUUGCAAAAAUAUCUAUACUUUUCGCUCGUUGGUAUUAUUGAUUCCCCGAAUUUGGGUCGGUGGUUUAUAUAUCCACACCGAAUUAGGGAUAUCUUAGGCCAUGGCAAUGGUACAGACUGGCACUAAUGCCGGCUUUAACAGAAUGACGGUGAAAGAAAGUGAUUUGCUUCGAGAAAUGGGUAGCAUCUGCUAUUUGCGGGUUGAUCUACGGCAUCGGAAGGUGGCUGACGAGUGUUUUGGAAAUUAUACGGGAAUCCUGAUCCGAUGAUAUUUGGCCAGGAAAGAGAACGAAGGAGCCGAUACAACAGACAACUGCAACCAUGGAGUCCAGAAGAAGAAACCCCCUUUGUGGAGCAGUUCUCAGGGAGGCAAAUGCCAGCCAUAGUUGGUGGGCAGUAUUAUCCCACAGCUCAAACACCACAUACCUGGAGACCGACCUAUGAGAAUCGCCGUAUAAUGCCGCUAUCCAGUCAAUCGACAACUAACGCUAUGAUCGACUCGUGUCCAACUUCCUACGGAAUCGCCCCAGAGCCGUUGAAAUUUCCUAAUUUGGUAACGGGGGUGAAUCGCAACCCUGCCCAUACUGCUAGGGUGGCAUUGUACACCAGAUAUACGCCCUUGGAAUGGACCCAGAGUAACUUGAGGUACUACAAUCAGGCGGAUACCAACCGGAAUUAUUCUGAGAGACUUCGCGGGGACUUCGUCAGAGUUAUGAGGGAAACCGACGAAAAGACAGCGCAAGGGCAAAGAGAAUCCGGCAGACGUUUGGGGGAGAGAAUCACGGAAACUACGUUCUGGAGAAACGAACUUAGGAGCGAGUUGGAACGCCUCUUGAUGGAGAUAAAUCUGUUGCAGGAUUCUAGAAGGGCGCUCAAAAAGGCGAUCGAAGAUAUCGAGGGACCCCUGCACAUCGCGCAAGAAUGUUUAUACCAUCGGGAGAAAAGACGAGGAAUUGACUUGGUACAUGACAACGUCGAACAAUCUCUGUUGAAAGAAAUCGAAACGUAUCGGAAUGCGCAAGAAAGGCUGAAAUGCCUCUACGAAAAAGUGCAAGACCAAUUGCGCGUUAGCAGAGCCGUUCAGCAUGAACUUGAGGCGGAUGUCAAAAGCAAGGAGUCCACUCUGGGCAUUGACAAUAUGUGCCACCAACUGAAUAACUACUCCAAAGGUAUCAAUUACUAUGGCGGAAUCGAGACCUUCGAUCCGACUUUGAGCACUCCCGUCACGUGGGCCGAAAACAGCAACAGAAUAAUACAAAAAUCUCAAGGCGAAAGAGGACGUUCCUCCCAAAUGCGUUCCGAUGCCGAAAAUCUCAUCAACAGCUGCGCCCAAGAGUCCUGGAAUGGUUGGAGUAAUACAAACAACGCGCUCGCUAGAAGAACCGCGGAAACCAUGGAGACCAAGUCGAAACUUCAAAUGUAUCUCCACAAAGUGCAACAAGAAAUAUUCGACUUGGAGAAGCAUAUAGAACUCCUCAAAAAGGCCAUUUUGGACAAAAGUCACCCCAUGAAAGUAGCACACACACGCUUGGAGGCUAGAACUCAUCGGAAAGACAUCGAAUUAUGCAGAGAUCCAGCCCAGAAAAGGUUAGUUCACGAGGUUAAAGACCUGCAAGAUAAUAUCGAGACGUUGCACAGAAAACUACAAGAAGCUGAGGCGCAGCACCAGCAGUUGCUCAAAACGCGAUCAGAUCUAGAAUCCGAUCUCCACAACAAAGUUAAUUCGUUGUUCAUCGAUCGCGAAAAUUGCAUGGGAAUGAGACGUUCUUUUCCUAUCAAUGCUAUCAUGAAGUACUAAAGUUGUGUUAGUGUUUCAAUAAAUGUCGUUGUUAUGAAA